AUUGACUUGAUGCCCACCGCGGACCAAAUUGGCAUUUUGAAAACUCACUUUGCGCGCAAGAUUAAGGAAGCUGCUGCGGGUCCAUCAGGGACAUACCAGCUUCACACUGACCUGCUUGACCUAGUGUAUGGCCCCAACCUGUUUCCUGACCCAUCAAAGGAAGAAGAAAGGGAUGCUGCGUAUGUGAUUUGGAAGUUUGAUCACUGCAAUACCAUUUACGAAGAAACAGUAACCUAUCGGGAGAUGCGCCUAUACGCUCUUGCAUGCUACAAGGUGAUAGCUGACCAUGUUCCUGACAGCAAUGCCUAUCAUGGUAAGAAGGUGAGCAAAAAUCAGGUCACUAAGCGGGCAAAGACAAGCCGCACAGACUACGCCUUCGGCCAGAACUUCCUGGGUCUCAUUGCCUACAGCUGUGCCUUGGGGUUCUCAACAAUUGAAAGGUGCAUGGAUUUGUCUAGUGUUGAACACUCAGAGGAGGCAAUUUACUGGUGCUUUGUUGUGCCACUGGCUUUGUUUAUGUUCAACCACAUGGAUCCAAAGUUGAAGGCGCAGAAGGGUGGGAGUUAUACAUGGGAGGGAGCCACCACCACUGAACUGGCUGAAUUCGUUCGCAAUCUUAUCAAAAGGGUGAAGAUUGGUGUCUGGAGUCCUGAAUGGCUGGCGAAGGCACAGGAUGGUGUCUUGCACAAUGAUUCCUGCAAAGGUCUGGACUACACCUACUGUCGGCUGAGCAUGCUGAUUGUUUCAGGCUUUCCCACAGCCCAGAACAUUCGGGAUAUUUCAAACAACCCCAACUACAUCACUGAGAAACAGAAAGAGGACCUAGGAAAGGACCUCAGCGAAUUUGUGAGAUCCAGAUUCCCCAAACUAGCACUGGAAGGGAUUGCCCCCCUUGUCAAACGCAAGGGAUCUGGAAAAAAAAGAAAGAGAGGGUAAAAAAAGAUCCCUUUAGAUAAUAGCUCUGCUGUACUUUGCAUUGCCGAAGGCAUAAAACUUAAC